AUGUAUGUUAUAAUUUUUAGCCUAAUUGAACGUAAUGAAGUGUAUCCGAGAAAUGCGAAUGACGCUACAAAAACGACGAAACAGCGCAACAAUUUAUUGGAAUCAUUUUUUGCCCGUUCGAAAGAUGAUCCAAUCCUGGACGAAGAAGCCGAUGGCGCCGGUUUGCACCAUUACAUCAGUCUGAUCAAUGUCAUUUCUAACCAUACUGGAUUUAAAACUAAGGAAUCGUUAAAUAAAAUCGGUGAACUGAAAGCCAAGUAUCAUUUUGGCGACUACGGUUCAUAUAAAGAUAUGUUAAAAUACAUGCGGACAAUUGAGUUUUAUUACCCACACAUUACGAAACUUAUCCGAAUCGGGCUCUCGCACGAGGAUGCUCCAAUCGAAGGACUGAAGGUAAUUCUUGGAUUGGUCUCUGGUUUCGGUAAGGAUCCAGUCAUAACGAAAUAUCUAAAAUCUCUCAAUAUAUACAUAUUUCCGUGCCUGAAUCCAGAUGGCUAUGAAUAUACACGAUCGCAACCAAUACCACAGGUUUCAUAUCAGCAAGCUGCAUAUUUUGAAAAUUAA